UCUCUACUUUACGUGUGCAUAUAUAUAGAGAGCGAGCUCUUUCAUCUUAAUGGUGCCCAUUUUACUAAACUCAGCCAGGAAGCUUUAUCAGCAGGCAGGCCCCAGCAAUGGAGGAUCGCCCACCGGGUUACCGAUUCUACCCGACGGAAGAGGAGCUUAUCUCCUUCUACCUGCAAAACAAGCUCCAAGGCAACAGACCCGAGAUUCACGACGUCAUACCUGUCGUCAGCAUCUAUGAUAUCGAGCCAUGGCACCUCCCAAAGCUCUCAGGGGAGUAUUGUCCGGCAGAUACUGAGCAGUGGUUCUUCUUCGUGCCGAGACAAGAGCGAGAAGCUCGUGGAGGCAGGCCGACCCGUACCACCUCUUCGGGAUAUUGGAAAGCAACUGGGUCUCCGGGUUACGUCUACUCUUCGGACAAUCAGGUGAUCGGGCUGAAGAAGACGAUGGUUUUCUACAAAGGAAAAGCUCCCGCUGGGAGGAAAACCAAGUGGAAGAUGCAUGAGUACAGAGCCAUUGAACAUGCAGCCGACCAAUUCACCAGUGAUGUUCCUAAGCUGCGAACUGAGUUCACUUUGUGCCGGGUUUACGUGAUUGCUGGAACCUUCCGAGCAUUUGACCGCCGCCCAAUGGAGCCGGUGCCAGUGGAGGCACAAAGGGGACAAGGGGAGGAGGCUGUGCCAAUGGGAGGAGGCCCAGCUGAACUCCCGCAAAAUUCAAGAAGUCCGAGCUGUGAGACCGCCACCAGUCAGCAGCAGCCUCAGUGGGACUGGGAACAGUUAGAUUGGCUUUGAAGGAAGUCAUCAGAGAUAACCAAGGACUAGGCAGUAAUAUUGAAACAAAUAGCUAGGCCCGAUCAUUCUUUUCCACCGUCGUUAUUGGUGGAUGAACGCAUAAAACCCAAGUAGGAAGAUGCAGAGUGUGCCUUUUUCUCUGAACAGGAAGGCACGAGGAAUUCAUUAUGAAAUUGAUAAUGCUUUAGGUGUAAUGAAGUUGACAAAGAAUAGAAUAACUCACUUUGUAGAUUCGAGUGCGCGCUUGAAUUGAAUGAUGUAAUGUUUGAUAGUGCA